GUAUGGGGUCGUAACAGGAGAUGGCAGGGCCAUUUGUAGUCACGUGACUGCCAGGCAAUCCACUGUCACCUCGGAAACCAGGAGUGCCGGCCACUCAUAUCCAAUCAUGUCGGGAAUGCUGGCUGUCACUUGGCUAAGGCUAUUUCUGCCGUCUGUCGCUAGUGCUUGAUGGUGCUAAGAGACUGGUAUACAGGGAUCCUCCUCCUUUUUUCUUUUUUUUCCUCCUUUUUUUUUUUUUCUUUUAAAACACCCCCCACCCCCGCACCCUCCUCCUCGUAGCCAUCAGCCCUCACUCUCCCUCUCCUUUGAGUGCGUUGUGUAAAGUUGUCAGCUGUUUUGCAGUGGCUGUUUUGCUUUUGUGGUGUGAGUACUUCUUUUCUCAGUUCAGCUUGGUGUGGGAAGGAAAGUUGCGGAAGAGGCUGGGAGAGGGGAGUGGGGAGGGGGGAAUGGAAGAAAAGAGGAUCAGUUGUCUAGCCAAAGGAGAAGUGGGCAACAGUUAGGAUACUGAGGCAAGAGCCAGAGGAGAGAACCAGCAGCCACUCAGUAAGAAAGUGAAAGGCAACGGGAGAUUUGGACGUGUGGUGAAAAUGGCACAGCGUCUGCGUUUGUACUUUGGCUCAGGACACAGUAACACAGCCCCGGACAUACUGGAAGGAGACUUUGAGGUGCAGCAGCGAGACGACGAUGGGGUCACGGCACACCUUGUGCAGCCACGUCCAGCAUCGAGGCCUUCCCAGGACUCUGCUACGGAGCACGUCCCGUCGGCGGCUUUUGGUUUCCACUCUGAGCCUUCGCUUAAACGCAGCUCCUCCAUGUUCAUACCCCAGCUUGCCGCCUACACUGAGCCACGUCCUACUAGGAGCUCAUCCAUGCACAUCUCCCUUCAGCGCUCCAAUGGAUCCAGUAAUGGAGAUUCCAGUGGUCAUGCUGAUGAUGUCCCACCACCCUGUUAUACUCCUCCAGGACCUGCGCCUGCCUAUACCGAACCACAGAGUCAAGCUAACUUUCCGCGGCAGUCCCCUCCUCCAUACUACAGCCCUGAUUCUUUAAGUGUGCAAUCUUCUCUGGCGGAGCCAAACCUUCCCAAGCGCAGGGUCUUUAGUAUUGGUUCCAGCAGUCAUUGUACGUAUAACAGACGCCAGCCUGGCAUCAGUGUUGGUGCCAUCUACAUCCAGAGGAAUUCUCCUGACGGCUCUGAUGUCCAGCAUUUCAGAAUCCUUCCCUAUGGCGGUACCGGCUGGUCUGUCCAGCAGCAAAGCCUGGACCAGUCCUCUGGUGUUAAUGGCACAAAGCAGAGGCUAGUGUUUCAGCUCCAGCAAAAUCAGAGCCAGGAUCAGAAGCAGGGCAGACAACCGGAUGAUCCAUCACAAGAACAAUGCACAGAUGCUGGACCCAACAGCUUAAGAGGUUGCCAUAGGGUGCGCUACCCUAGAAUUCGAUUACAUAGAAGCUCGUCUCAUCAGAGGCUGCUGGUGGAAAAUAAUAAUCAGAAAAGUGGUGCAGACAGUCAGACUAUAGACGAGAAUGAAACAGAUGUGGAGACAGAAGCAAGAAACAGACCUGAUGGUUGUACUUUAAACUUUAGUGGGGAAAAUCCCAGAAGGCAGCCACAUUUGAAGAUAUAUUUUACCCCGGGUGGAGGUGGAAAUCAGGAUGUGAGCUUUGGCAAUGAAGCAACGACAAGUAAUUCCAAGGCUACUUCCAAGAAUGGGCUUUUCCAUCUCGGACAGACUAGAGAUGAUUUCCUGGGGCAAGUUGAUGUUCCUCUCAGUCAUCUGCCAACAGAGGAUCCUGCCAUGGAGCGGCCCUACACGUUUAAAGACUUCCUGUUGCGGCCAAGAAGUCACAAGUCCAGGGUGAAGGGUUACCUGCGUCUGAAGAUGGCCUAUCUGCCCAAACAAGGAGGGCAUGAGGAGGAGGGGGGAGACAUGAGGGAGGAGGCUGAGGGUUGGGAUGAGUCUGCUGACUCAGGCUCCCAGCGACCCCAGCAGCUGCUGCCUCCUUUGCCUCAAGGCUGGGAGGAAAAAGUGGACAACCUGGGACGCACCUACUACGUAAACCACAACAACCGCACUACACAGUGGAAACGGCCUUCCAACGUAGACGUGAUUUCAGAGAUUGAGAGUGACAAUCAACAGCGGCAAAUCCAUCAGGAAGCCCACCGCGUUUUCCGAUCAAGGCGCCACAUCAGUGAAGACCUGGAGAACGAACACCUGGAGCCCAGGGACUUGGAUAAUUCUUGGGAACUCAUCACAGAAGAGGAUAACGACAGCUUGGCUCAAUCUCUGCCCGGUCCCUCCUCCGUUUUGACACCACAGCACACACCAACACCCAUCACCCAGGAGUUCUCAGAAGACUUAAAUCUGAGGCUGUCGCUGACUCCCGAUACAAACGGCGAAGUGCCAGGGCCCAGCUCUGCUUUGAGCCAGCUGUCAAACAGACUCCGUUCCUCAAGUAUGACGGAUGGCGUCAGUGAUCAGGCCCAGGCUCCUCCUCUUACGCAGAGUUCCCAGUCCAGAAGAACGAGAGCUCAAACAGUCUCAGGUGGUGAGGAGCCUAUGUCUCCCUCGUCGACUGCUUACACCUUGACCACCCCUGGCCUGCCCCCUGGAUGGGAGGAGAGGAAGGAUGCCAAGGGAAGAACUUAUUACGUCAACCAUAACAACCGCACCACUACAUGGACUAGGCCAGUUGUGCAGCUGACUGAAGAUGGCGCCAGCACCUCAGCAGCAGCAGCAUCAGGAGGAGCCUCAGCCCUGGCACCUGCAUCCACCCCUUCCUCCUCCUCCAAUGCCUCCAACAACCACCUCCAUGAGCCCCAAGUCCGACGACCUCGUAGCCUCAGCUCCCCUACUGUCACCCUUUCCACCCCCUUGGAGGGAGCCAACAACAUUCAGGUACGGAGGGCUGUGAAAGACACACUUUCUAACCCUCAGUCUCCCCAGCCGUCCCCUUACAGCUCCCCAAAGUCGCAACACAAGACCCAGCAGAGCUUCCUGCCCCCAGGAUGGGAGAUGAGAAUAGCUCCAAACGGACGGCCUUUCUUCAUCGACCACAACAGCAGGACCACCACCUGGGAGGAUCCCAGGUUGAAAUAUCCGGUCCAUAUGAGGAAUAAGAACUCAAUGGAGCCUGGUGACCUUGGCCCUCUUCCUCCUGGAUGGGAAGAAAGAGUUCAUACAGACGGACGCACCUUUUACAUCGACCACAAUACAAAGAACACGCAGUGGGAGGACCCGCGUCUACAGAGUCCAGCCAUCACAGGACCCGCGGUUCCCUACUCCAGAGAAUUCAAGCAGAAAUAUGACUACUUCAGAAAGAAAUUAAAGAAACCGGCUGACAUCCCUAAUCGAUUUGAGAUGAAGCUACACAGGAACAACAUCUUUGAAGAGUCUUACCGUCGAAUCAUGUCACUAAAGAGGCCAGAUGUUUUGAAGGCACGUCUAUGGAUCGAGUUUGAAUCGGAGAAAGGAUUAGACUACGGCGGUGUGGCCAGAGAGUGGUUUUUCCUCUUAUCUAAGGAGAUGUUCAAUCCUUAUUACGGCCUUUUCGAAUACUCUGCCACGGACAACUACACUCUCCAAAUUAAUCCCAACUCUGGCCUAUGCAAUGAGGAUCACCUCUCCUAUUUCAAGUUCAUCGGGCGUGUUGCUGGAAUGGCCGUGUUUCAUGGAAAGCUGCUGGAUGGUUUUUUCAUCCGACCAUUCUAUAAGAUGAUGCUAGGAAAACAGAUCUCUCUUAAAGACAUGGAGUCUGUGGACAGUGAGUACUACAACUCUCUGAAGUGGAUUCUGGAGAAUGAUCCCACUGAACUGGACUUGAGGUUUUGCAUUGAUGAGGACAAUUUUGGGCAGACCUACCAGGUUGACUUGAAGCCCAGUGGCUCAGACAUGGUGGUCACCAAUGACAACAAGAAGGAAUACAUAGAUCUGGUCAUUCAGUGGAGAUUUGUCAAUCGGGUCCAGAAGCAGAUGAACGCUUUCUUGGAGGGCUUCACUGAGCUCAUUCAAAUAGAUCUGAUCAAGAUCUUUGACGAAAACGAACUGGAGCUGCUCAUGUGUGGUCUGGGUGACGUUGACGUCAACGACUGGAGACAACACACCGUUUACAAGAAUGGCUACUGUCCCAAUCAUCCCGUCAUACAGUGGUUCUGGAAGGUUGUCCUGCUGAUGGACGCUGAAAAAAGAAUUCGACUCCUCCAGUUUGUCACUGGAACAUCACGAGUGCCCAUGAAUGGUUUUGCUGAGCUUUAUGGUUCUAAUGGUCCUCAGCUGUUCACCAUCGAGCAGUGGGGAACACCAGAUAAGUUGCCAAGAGCUCACACAUGUUUUAACCGCUUGGAUCUACCCACCUAUGAAUCAUUUGAAGACCUGAGAGAGAAGCUCCUGAUGGCCGUCGAGAACGCGCAGGGCUUCGAGGGAGUCGACUAGAACGGCUCCCUCCAACCGCAUCCAACCCGCCAACGAUAAGACAAAAUGAAACGGGGAUGUCAAACCAGCUGCUGUAGCAGUUCUGUGCAAGCAUGUUGUACUGUAAUGCCUGACUGCGAGCCACCUCCACUGCACGGUGGUUCGAGACUGUACAGCGACUUGUCGAGCCAAUAUGCCUACGUCUUUAUAUCUUUUCGGUUUGGGUAGGUCCCUCCUUUUAAGGUGCUGGGGAAAGGAAGGGAGUGUCGCACUGUUUCGAAUGCUGAAUUCUGUUAUCCACAGGCAUGAGCAAUGAAUGACGGGAGCUGGCCCCUGAUCCGCUGUUUCUCCCCCCUCUACCCUCGUCCUGUGAAAAUCUACAGUGCUGGAAAACACCAAUGCAUUUCAAUAGCUCCUUUAUGUACACUAUAGCACAGUAUUUGCACCGUCUUCUACAGAGGGGUGCUUCGCAUGGCCUUAAUCUGGCUUCUACAUGCACUAUUUCUCUAAGAAACUGCAACGGCACUAUGAUCACAACUCUCUCAAAUCCUUAGACCAACACCAGAUUACCUUAGGAAUGCUAGCCAAUCACAUUUCAGGAAAUUGGCCACGCCCCUCCGUAGAGCCUUGUCUGCACUGUGUGAUCAGAGAUCACCAUGCAGCCUUUUUUGUAGAAUAAAGUUUUCUUUUUUUUCAGGCACUAAUAAUGAUUCAAAGAUAGGGGAUGAGUUCCCAGAGAUGGGAAAAAAAUUUUCUCCUUUAAAAAACAAAAAACAAGCAACGUUUUGUCAUCAUGGAACAUGUUUUCUUUUGAACAUUUGGUAUAACUCUUCCAGGAAAGUACUCUCAGUGUAUUUGUACUGAUGAACAAUUGUUCUUUACUAUAUAUGCCAUGGUGUGUGAAGUGAAAAUCUGGCUAGUCUGGGAAAUGAUGACUCCAUAUCAUUUGUUACAGUGAUAGCAAAUGUGUUUAAUAAAACUGUUUUUAUUGUAGUGCUUUGAGAGCAGCAUGAAACUGUAUCUUGUGUUUGCUACGUAAUAAUUUGGAAGUGUAAUUGAUCUUGAAGUUGGGGAGGGAAAACUUAAAAUUAAGGGGGGGGUAGUUUCUCUGAGACGUCACGAUUACAUUAAUAUUCUCAUGCCUGUUGCUGUUCAUAAUGCUGUAAAUUGUACUUGAGGGGAGAUUUAAAAACAAUUUUAAGUUCUUUCAUGAUUAUAUGAAUUUAUGUAUGUAUUACAUUUAACAGAAGUAUUACUGAUCAACACUAAAAUGAAGCUGUGCGUGUGUGCGCGCGUGGAUGUUUGAGAGAAAAGCUGUGAUCCCCACUGAAUAUAAAGCAGCACGUUUCUUACAAAGAAAAGAAGUGUUUUCUUUUUUUCUAUCUUGUUUCUCUUUUUCUAACACUAUUGAACCUAAAGGGCACUUUAUAGAUCACUCUGAGGUCAUGUCGCCUGUUAUGUCUCUUGUCAUUUACUUGAAUGUGAUUUCCCCCUCCCCUCCUCUUAUUCAAAGCACUCACUUGGUGCAAUAUGUGGUCUGUAAAUCUGGGCUGCUGCUACAAAAAGUUGACAGAAAUGAAGCUGAGCCUUCACGUCUUUUAAUAUUCUUUUAUCUCUUCCUUUGUCCCCUUUCUCUACAUUUCCCUCCCUUCUGUUUCUUCCAGUCUAUGAUCCCAACACUCAGACUGACUCAGUACAGUUUUGUUUUUGUUGUUUUUGUUGUUUUUUUUUGUUGUUUUUUUUUAAACAAAUGAGGGUUAAUAUCAUUUUGUUCACAGUUCGCUGACUUCUGCAACUCUUUGUGGUUCAUUUAAUUUCAGUCAAAUAAAAAUCAGACUUCUCACA